AUGCAGACUGAAGGUGCACCCCUUCCAUCAAUCGUGGUGGAUGGUCAUGAAUUGCCAAAGAAAUCGUGCGCUGUAAAUCGUUGGGUCAUGGAGAAACUGCGCACAUGUGAAGUAUGGACGUGCGAUCAUUACAACUGUUUUCAGGCUAAUCCAUUCUACGUUUUGGUUCAUGGACAAGCAGGCUCUGGGAAGUCUCUUCUUCUCAAAUCUAUUGCUAAUGGGUGGGGAGAAACCUCUCAACCAAUCGAUCGUUUCAUGGCCAACGCUACCGAUCAGAUUUUAACAAAUCUAUCCUGGAUGGAAAAAGCCAAAAUUCUUCUGAUCGAUAACAUAAAUUCCGUCGGAGCUGUUGACUUUGUUAGAAUUGACCAUCGUCUCCAACAAGUAACUGGGAGAGAAAAACGUUUUGGUGGAUUGUCUGUUAUCGCGUUUGGAGAUUUUCAUCAAGUUCCGCCAGUCAAAGAUUUAUGGAUUUUCGAAGAUCUCAAACCGGAAUAUCAGGAGAAAGCUAAAGAGAAAACUCCCGAAUCACCUGAAAAACUAUGGACUCUUUUCAAAAUUGUGGAGUUGGAGUCUCAAAACUGGCGAGAUAUUAAAGAGCAGAAAUUCUUUAAUUUCAUGCGUGAUGGCUUCAAAGAAAAAGAAGAAGAAUUGCGCAAAUACUUGAACGAUUGGUGUGUUGUAUUUCCUGACCAACAAGAAACUCUAGACGCGCUUGUGACCUAUUUUCAAAAUAUUCACGACCGAGACCACGAUUUUGCUUUUUUAUGCGUCAACGACAAGAUAGCCAGCGAUAUUAAUGACAAGAUAGCCAGCAAUAUUAAUGCUGCGAUUGUCGAAAGUCUUGGGAAUUGGACAGUUUUCAGACCGGAAGAUUCCAAUAAAGAUCGAUAUGCAAAAAAAUGGAAACCAAACAGUAAAGAUCUCAUAGUGGCGACUGGUUCUCCGGUAGUUCUUCUGGAUAACUGCCAAAUUACAGCAGGAGCAUUAAAGCAGGAGAUUACAGCAGGAGCAAUUGGUCGUGUUGAAAAAAUCACCGAUCACGAUAUUUCUGUCAGAUUUCCAAACGGCCAACAAGUUCAAAUCGAACGCUUGAAGUACAAGUCAGGAGGUACGUGGUUCCAACAGUUCCCUCUCCGUUUGGCGUACGCCCAUACAGUUGAAAAAGCUCAAGGAGCCACUUUUGACAAAAUCAUACUUGUCAGAAACGACACCUGGAACCCAAAAGAAAUUCGCUGUUGGGGAUCUCACAAUUUUCACGGAAAAUUGUACACAGCCAUGUCACGAUGCCGCAAUCUUAAGAAUUGUGGAAUUAUUCCUAUGAGAGGGUUACAAUGGGUUUGUGAACAAAAAGUACCGGAAGAAUUGGAGAGAAUGAGAAGAGACAACAGUUUGGAAUCUAAUUUCAUCGCCUUCUAA